CACGGAGGAUUUGCAGCCAGCGCCGGAUUUGGCGUGCAAAGCGACGCGCUCCUCCCGCGAAAGAACAUCCUCUCUUGUUCCUGAGACCUUCGCCCUGGAAUGUGCCGCGUAUUGAACGGCAUGCCGUCAACAUGCUCUGGUCAAAAGCCAGACACACCCCUGCCAGACCAAUUGACUAUUAGCUUCGACCGUUACACGAGCCUUCUUCCAAGCUCCCACACAUUCGACGUGGCAUUGAGAGUAUUCGAUGAAGACGACCAUCUCUGCGGCUGUCUUGCUGGCAUGCAUUGACUCAUGCGCGGCCUUUUGGCGAAUGGGAUGCAGUAACCCGAGCAUCAUCGAGCGCGUCGAUCCAAUUGUCAACCCAGGCGGUGUUGCUGGCCAUGUACACAACUUUGCUGGUGCUUCAGGCAUUGGGCCCAAUGCAGACUUUCAGUCGCUUCGUGCCUCUGAUUGCACGAGCUGUCCGAUUGUCGAAGAUCUCUCUGCAUACUGGACACCGAUGCUGUACUAUCGCGACCAAAACAACACAGUGCAACCGGUGGCCAAUGGAGGCACCACCGUCUACUAUCUGCAACGAGGUGGCGGUCCUCUCAAGGCGUUCCCUGCAGGGUUCAAGAUGCUUGCUGGCAACCCAAACCUGCGCUCUUACGACGGCAGCAAGCGCGAACAGCAGGCAAUCAAUUAUGUCUGCCUAGACUACGGCAAGGGUUCCUCCUCAUCCGACGGCUUGCCAACCAAGAACUGCCCUGACGGUCUUCGUGCUCAGAUCAUCUUUCCGUCAUGCUGGGAUGGUGUCAAUCUCGACAGUCCUGACCACAAGUCACAUGUUGCCUAUCCAACAGGUAUUGCCAAUGGUCAAUGCGAUGACCCCAAAUACCCUGUUCGCUUGGUCACCAUCUUCUACGAGGUUUUCUACAAUGUUGGCGACUUUGCUGGCCAAUGGUGGAGCGAUAAGUCACCUUUUGUCCUUGCUCAAGGUGACCCUACUGGCUAUGGCCUGCACGGCGACUUUAUGAACGGCUGGGAUGUCAAGGUUUUGCAGACUGCUAUCGACACUUGCAACGAUAACUCUGGAUCCAUGGAGAAGUGCCAGGCUUUCAGCCUGAAGUACCCUGCCGACGGGUCAAGCCAGUGUCACAAGUCCCCUUCGGUCAAUGAACAAGUGAUGGGCAAGCUGAAGAAGCUACCUGGAUGCAACCCGAUCUGGGAUGGCACAGGCGUCAAGCCAGCGUGUGAUGCCGAGCCAACACCGCAGCUCUGGACCAACACCACCGGCUACUACGGCUGGGUCACACCAACAGGCUACAACUCUACUGAUGGUCGUGAGAUUGUGCAAAAAUACAAGAACUGGAACUACCUCGGUUGUUAUCAGGAGCGCGAUGCCCGUGUCUUUCCCAAGCGUUUCACCCCUGGUGAUCUGACUGUCGGCAAGUGUCUUGAUAUCUGUCAAGGUGCUGGAUACCCUUUCGGUGGCAUGGAAUACUCUGGGGAAUGUUGGUGUGGUCCAUCGCUCAAUAACGCUCAAAAGAUUGACAUGCAACGCUGUUACAUGCUGUGCUCAGGCAACUCGAGUCAAUACUGUGGUGGAUCCAUGGCAUUGUCAACAUACCAGCUGGCUCCCUUGGACACAACAUCGGCUAGACCCGCUUCGCCCAGCUCGUCUGCUGCAGGCUUUGUCAAGAAUCCGGCACUUUCGCCUCAAGUUGCAGGUCAGUACAGCUAUGUCGGAUGCUACCAAGACGGGGUUCCGCGAACUCUUCCCAGCCGUCUCUGGGCUGGCGAUGGUUCCGUCUCUGCAUGUGCCAAAGCUGCUCUCGACCAGCUAUUCCCGUACAUGGGUCAGGAAUACGGUGGCGAAUGCUGGGCAUCAGAUGUGGCCCCAACUGCAGCACUCAGGCCCGACAGUGAAUGUAGCUUCGGCUGUAAAGGCAACAGUUCCGAGCAGUGCGGUGGCAGUGUUCGACUUCAAACGUACAAGGCUGCUUUGCCGUCAUCCUCCGGCGACAUGACUUAUGCAGGCUGUUUCACUGAUUCCGCCAACCGCACUUUGUCGAAGCGCGUCCGAGAUGUCAACACGCCGCAGCAAUGUAUCAGUCAGUGCUCGACCUGGGGUUACAAUUACGCUGGAUUGGAAAACGGUUACGAAUGUUGGUGCGACAUGAGCUUACAGAAUGGUGGCAAGGUCACUGCAGAGAAGGAGUGCGGUAUGGGAUGCAGAGACAAUAAGUCCAAGUGUGGCGGUGGAUGGCGUUUGAGUCUCUAUGCCGCAAAAGGUGCUUCUGUCCAGUCAGUUUCUUCUGUCGUGGCGUCCUCUUCGGCAAUUACACCUGCAGCUGGUGUCCUUGCACAACAGCGUACUUCCACGACAUCUUCCUCGUCCAAGGCCACGACUUCCUCUACCAAGCUUGCGACUACGACUACGACCUUAAAGCCUUCUUCAACUUCUGUUAUAUCUACGACGUCUGCCGCUGCAAAUCUGGCUGCUCAGAACUUUGCCGUUGCACGAGUAGCAACAAUGGCUUCGUCAGCCACCCUGGUGACACUCAAGACAAGCUCUUCGUCUUCUUCCACGACUUCUCGUUCCUCUUCUCCAUCUUCAACGAUUUCGAGUAGCAAGAGCAGCAGCAGCAGCAGCAGCAGUGCAAGUUCACGCACUGGCACUCCACUUGUCGCGCUUGGCGGAGCUCGAAUGCUUGCGAUUAUGACGAAAGCCCCUGCCGUUCGCCCAGUAGCGUAGGCAACUUGAGUGCCCCAAGCGCGUGUCCAUGCUCGUCGGAGCUGGUUUGGUUGGUGAUGAUGGCCUACGCGGACGGCCCACAGUGCAUUUAUGAUGAGCUCGCGCAGCAUGUGUAGAUAAUUUGCAUUUAAUAUUGUGUAUAUACAAUCUGAACAAUACA